AUGGAAGCUGACAUCCGAGCGCAAUUACCUGACCUCGACCCAGUGGUUGUAGAUUACGCGACCGGAUAUUUAAACCAUGCGGCGCGCCAAUUCAGCGCCGAAGGCGAUCCUUUGGGUGACGCGGCAUCGGUAAUAAUACAACUGCUGCUUUCGGCGUCUGGAGAUCUGUCGAAUGAGAAUGAAGUCUCAGUACAGAAUCUCGUCGAUAAACUGGUGACGAGGUUGCAGGACGAGAAUGGCCGCGAUGGCGAACAAAGACAGCAAGCGCCUUCGGCAAGAAGGCUUGAGCAGACCAUCCAAGUCGGCUCUCAGCGCAACGUUUCAUCAACGUUGGGCCUAACAAGCGGGAAUAUCGACCUAGAGUCGGCGAAUGCUCGAAAGGUCGAAUCUAGGGUAGACAAGAAGAAGCUCGAAAAGGCUGAGCGGAAGUUAAAGGCUAAACAAGACAAGAAAGUCUUCAAGACCGUGGAGUAUGAAGCUUCUCGCUUACUUGAUCAGCCUGACGAGCAGAAGUCGUAUGAGGAGUUCUUCAUGGCUGUCAAUCCCUUGCAGCUAGGUGCUGAUGCUCAAUCGAAGAGCAAAGACAUCAAAGUCGAUGGGAUCGACAUAUCAAUCGGCGGCAAGCGUAUUUUGACAGACACAUCACUUACGCUUGCAUACGGCCGCCGAUAUGGCUUGGUAGGUCAAAAUGGUAUCGGUAAAUCUACGCUACUCAGAGCGCUCAGUAAGCGUGAGGUGGCAAUUCCGACUCAUAUAUCCAUUCUUUUCGUUGAGCAAGAGAUCACCGGAGACGACACACCUGCGAUACAGGCGGUGCUCGACGCCGAUGUCUGGCGAAAACAUCUUCUCCGGGAACAGGAGAAAAUCACCAAGGAGCUCGCGCAGCUCGAAGCCGAACGCUCGUCGAUGGCAGACACGUCGGGAGAUGCAGCGAAACUUGACAAGCAGCGCGAAGGUCUUGAUUUGACACUGGGUGACAUCCAGAGCAAGCUUUCAGAGAUGGAGUCGGACAAGGCAGAGUCUCGCGCGGCAAGCAUACUUGCUGGUCUCGGCUUCUCAACCGAACGCCAGCAGUACGCUACCAAAACGUUCUCCGGAGGUUGGCGGAUGCGUCUUGCGCUUGCCCGGGCACUGUUUUGCGAGCCGGAUCUGCUGAUGCUCGACGAGCCUUCCAACAUGCUGGACGUCCCCUCCAUCACUUUCUUGUCAAACUACCUGCAAGGCUACCCCAGCACAGUAUUGGUUGUGUCUCACGAUCGUGCGUUCCUCAAUGAGGUUGCGACAGAUAUCAUACACCAACACUCGGAGCGCUUGGAUUAUUACAAGGGUGCUAAUUUCGACUCCUUUUACGCUACGAAAGAAGAGCGCCGGAAGACGGCGAAGCGCGAGUACGACAAUCAGAUGGUCCAACGUGCUCACCUGCAGGCUUUUAUCGACAAAUUCCGUUACAAUGCCGCUAAGUCGUCGGAAGCGCAGUCACGGAUCAAGAAGCUGGAAAAGAUGCCUGUCCUGGACGCGCCAGAAGCCGAAUAUACCGUGCAUUUCAAGUUCCCGGAGGUGGAGAAGCUGUCGCCGCCUAUCAUACAAAUGACGAACGUAUCUUUCGGUUACAGCAAAGACAAGAUCCUGCUGAAGAAUGUGGACCUAGACGUCCAGCUCGACUCGCGCAUAGGCAUCGUCGGCCCCAACGGUGCAGGCAAGACGACGGCGCUGAAGCUGUUGAUUGGCGCGUUGCAGCCUACGUCAGGCCUCAUCUCACAGAACCCACGAUUACGAAUUGGUUUCUUCGCCCAACACCACGUGGAUGCACUCGAUCUCACCAUGAGCGCUGUCGGUUUCAUGGCGUCUCGCUAUCCAGGCAAAUCAGAUGAGGAGUAUCGUCGUCAUUUGGGUGCCUUUGGCAUCACGGGCAUGACCGGGCUGCAGAAGAUGGCGCUGCUAUCCGGAGGGCAGAAGUCGAGGGUGGCGUUCGCUUGCCUUGGCUUGACUAACCCACAUAUCCUGGUCUUGGACGAGCCGAGCAAUCACUUGGACAUCGAGGCAAUGGACGCUCUCAGCACGGCCUUGCAGAGGUUCGAAGGCGGCGUGCUGAUGGUGAGUCACGACGUCACCAUGCUGCAGAAUGUAUGCACCAGCCUGUGGGUAUGCGAUCAUGGAACGGUGGAGCAUUUCGAGGGGACAGUGAAUGAUUACAAGAAGAGAAUCUCAGCGCAAGCGGGAGAGGCUGGCGUUGCUAUCCAGCAUUAG